AUGCAAAAUAUGGAAAUAGAAUUCCAAUAAUCUCCUGUCUUAAAUAAUGGAGAUGAGAAGAAGAAAAAUAAUUAUAUUCAUAUUCCAGUUUAUGAUGUGAAACCAACUUAGAAUUACCCAAACUCCGAAUAAAAAGUGGAGUCAGAUGAAUAACUAGUUUAAAUAGAUGAGCGAUGGUAUGCUAAGAACGAAAACUACAAGCCAUUAUCAGCAGAUCAAAGACCUGGGUUUAUCAGAAAAGUUUACAGUAUAAUGAUAUUGUAAUUAAUAUUGACAGUUGUAGCUUGCUGCUUCUCUUAUUUCUGUAUUCCAUAUCGAGAUUUUCAAAAUGAUCAUUCAGGUUGGGUUUAUUUGGCAAUCGCAAUAGCAAUUAUCAUUGAAUUGAUUUUAUUGUGGAUACCCAAAUAUUCAUGGAGAGUACCUCACAAUUACUUGUUUCUCUUUGUUUUCACACUUGCUGAAAGUUAUGUUAUUUCUCAACUUUGUAGUUACGUUUUCAACAAAUAUAGAUUUAUUGUUUUGAUGGCUGCAGCCCUUACUCUAGCUGCUGUGAUUGGACUUACUCUUUAUGCAUGCAAAACAAAAAAAGAUUUCACUACUAAAGGGGCAUUCUUAUUUAUGGCAAGUACAUCUCUAUUUCUUUUCGCAAUAUUGUCAGGAGUGUAUUAUGAUCAAGCAAUGAGUUUACUCUAUUCAUUGAUUUCCAGCUUACUCUUUGGAGUCUACCUAAUAUAUGAUACUCAAUUAAUAAUUGGAGGAAGUACUCACAAAUUAUCAAUUGAUGACUACAUUAUUGGUGCCAUGUUCAUAUACAUCGAUAUUGUAUAUCUAUUUGCUCACAUUGUUUUAAUUAUUGUAGCAUGUUUCAGAUGA